UCCAUUAAAUCGAAUAUUAUUACAGUCGCUCAUUUUUUCUUAAAGUAUAAGAAAUUAAAUACGUCGAUAAUUAGAAGCUCUCUUCUCUGUCCAUAUUAUGAAAAAAUAUCCAUAGUUUAAUUUAAAUAAUGGUUCAAUGAAAAUCUGUGUAAGUGCCAUUAGUUAAAUUGUCUCCCAAAAAUGUCUUGCAAUUAUGCAGAAGGACUAUCACCUUAUGAAAACAAAGGUAUACUAGGAGUCCCAGAGAAAUUUGAUUCAAAUGACAAACUGAACCAGAAAUGUGUACUCUUGGCUCAACUUGUGAAAGAUAGUAAACAUAUUGUUGUCCACACUGGAGCUGGCAUAAGUACUUCUGCGGGUAUUCCAGACUUUAGAGGGCCAAAUGGAGUGUGGACUUUAGAGAAGGAAGGUAAAAAGCCAACCAUCAAUGUAUCAUUUGCUGAUGCACAACCCACAAAAACCCAUAUGAUUUUAAAAAAGUUGGUUGAAAUAAAAAAACUUAAAUACAUUGUGAGUCAAAACAUUGACGGACUUCAUCUCAAGUCUGGUGUCCCAAGAAAAUUCUUAGCUGAACUACAUGGAAAUAUGUUUAUUGAUGAAUGUAACAUCUGCAAGAGACAGUUUGUCCGUAGCAGUCCUGUCGAAACUGUUGGCAAGAAAUGCAGUGGUGUGCCUUGUGCAGCUCACCAUGUGACGGGUAGACCUUGCCGUGGUAGAUUAUAUGACGGAGUGCUUGACUGGGAGCAUAGCUUGCCUGAAAAUGAUUUGUUAAUGGCGGAAUGGCAUUCAAGUAUUGCAGACUUGAGCAUAUGUCUAGGUACAACACUUCAAAUAGUACCAAGUGGUAAUUUACCACUAGAGACUAUUAAAUAUGGUGGAAAGUUAGUUAUUUGCAACCUACAACCAACAAAACAUGACAAUAAAGCUGAUCUCCUAAUAAAUUAUUAUGUAGAUGAUGUACUUGAGAAAGUAAUGGACAUCUUAGGAAUUGAAAUCCCCAGUUAUAAUGAAUCUGAGAACCCCAUGAAAUUUGCAGAAACAGCUAUUAUUGACUGGUCAAUAGACAGAAAAGAUGUCUUAGCUUUAGAAAAGACAUUCAAAUCAAAAUGCAAAGGAGUUAAAAAGAAACGAAUAUUAAUAAAAACAAAAAGAUUUACCAGUAAUGCCAAUGAUAUUGAAAAAUCAAAAAUGAUCAAAUUGGAAGUUAAGGAAGAGAAUGAAACUAAAGACUGGCCAUUGAAACCUUCGGAUCAAGAAUUUAUAAUUGAUCAAAAGGGUUCUAUUGUGUCUUGAUAAAAUUAUAAUAACUGUGAAA